AUGUCACAUGGUGUAAGAUCCAUGAUAAUCAUUCAAUUGUUUAAAAUGUCUUAACAAUCCUUCCUCAUUUUAACUUUUUAAGUCUCUGGUCACAUCCCCUGGGUGCCACUCAAUGGCUCUCUAACCUGCACCCAACUGUCACGCAUUCGGAGCAACCUCUUACGCCUAGCUAAAUCUGCAACUCUUGCCAGAUUCUGAGCUUUAAAGCCACUUAACCCUAUGCUGCUGCAAAGUUUCUAACAUCAGGCAUGCAGAAGUAUCUAAAGACCAGAAGGAGUCCAGAAUAAUAUGCUCCUGUCUCCCACGGUCCCACCUGCCUGAGCAUUAUGUUAACCUUUAAUAUUUUAAAGGGGUUCGUAUACAGUACUCCAUAAAAACCUGUUCGUCAUCAAUCUAUUGAUGGCCUUAGACCCCUGGAUGAAACCUAUUCCUUCCUCAAAUGCCUUCACGCUCUAAGUUCUGACUGAAACCUGGGGCAAAGAUGCGAGAGCCCAUCUCCAUCGUCAACUCGAGUAUCUUGCAUCGUGGUCACAGUCAUGCACAUCUAAAUUGCAUUGGGGUGUAGAAGCUUUGUUAAAAAAUAUAUUUAAUCCCACCAAUCGUCAACUUCAUUCCAACUGCAAAGUCUGCAAUGCCCCGGCCAAGAUUUAAGCUGACAAACCUCCAUUAUUUGCAAAUGUUUUAUCUCCGGUGUAAAUGAUCCAUCUUUGUGUAUGCCCCCCCCCCACCCAAUUCAUUUCAUUAUUCACCGCUUUACGAAAUAUACCUACAACAUAUUCCUUAGCGAUUUGCUUGCCUUGCGUGAAAUGCUUGUAUCAUUUAUUUCCACAACCAUUUUUAUUCUUGCAACACAACUCAAAGACGAAGCAUUGUUAGCCUAAAAUCAACCAACCAUGCAGGUUCUCGUGUUCCCUGCUAAUCUGUUCUGCUCUGAGCUAUUAGUCUCCCCUAUGGAUUAUGUUUGGUGGGGGGAGCUGCAGACCCUGGCAACUUGUUGCAAUCGAGCGGUUCUGUACGACGAUGAAUGUGGCCUUUCAGACUUCCGUCACCAUACGGCAAGUACACUCUCAAAUCCCGGCAGCCUCAGCACCGUUCGCUAUGCAUUCAAUCGCACACCUUGAAAGAUGCGUCCCCGUCAGCCCAUGCGAUUCAUUACUGCAGUGCGCCUACCUGUGGCGACAACGCACUGCACAAAGGCACUUUGUACACGAAGCACAUUUUUGUCAGAAUUAUGGGCAUUGAUCGGUUUACGUCGCACGUGCAUCGCCCAAUCUUUAAUAACAACGUGGUAAUUGACAUUUCAUUCUCUCUUAAUAAAACAUCUCAUCGGUAACAAGAAAACUACUAAUAUUCGGUCACCAUUAACGGCACAUUGGAUUUGGUGUCGUGUUUCAAACGUUGACAAAUGUCACUACGGGUAUGUCCACAACGGAGGCACUUUCACUGUACGUUAUUGCCUUAAACGAUGCUGUACAACUCUAAGAAUAUCUUGUUAGGUUUCUCAUCAGGCUCGGCCCAAAUGUGACCCAACUCCAUGGUUCCAGCCACCAUCACCGCACAACCCCAACCGCCCCCUCUCAUCACACUUGCCCCGGGUCUCCCUCUUUCAGCGCAGCUUGCCAAAGCGCUCAAGUGGCUUCAAAAAGCCCAACUCGUCCCAUCCAAAAACCUUCCCUGUCGGUGGUGGCGGCUUUUGGCUGGCCAUCAAAGACGGUCACAGCAUCACGCGCUUUCGGAUGCGCUUCUGCGGCCGUCUGGAACGCUCUUCCGUCCGAUAUUAGGAAGCCACUGAAGCUAUGCACUUAAAAAAAAUCUCGAUUUAUAACUAAUUCCUUGAACUUAUUUUAGUAUUUAGUUUGUAGUCCUUCCCCCGCACCUCUGAUUAGCACGGUUGGCUACGUGCGGUGCAAACGAAGUUCAACAUUCAUACGUAUAACGGUGAUGAGGGCUGAUUGCUCACACCACUGCUUUUUCGCCACCAUUGCUGACAGAAUGAGCUCUAUAGAGCCACUCGAGGCUCUCGAGGGCAUUCUGGACAACUCUGUGACGCUGCGAAUAUCAACAAUUUACCCCCACCGCUCGCGAUCUACCGAUCGGCUGACUUUGGUGGCAUCUAACGCCAUACCCGAGCAUAUAAUUAAUGCAAAAGUUGUGAAAAUUGAGAGGGGAGUGCGAAGAGGGGAAAUCGUUAAAAUGGCAGGCCUACGCAGUUGUCAAAGUAUUAUGCAACACUGGGAGUUGAUUGUUGUCAUCAACGACGAACGGCAACACCCAAAAGCACUGUGGCUGCUCUUGGUAUGCGGUUGCCAUCGUAGCCUUUGGCUGACUUGGCUUAACUGGUCACACAUUCCCCACACAAUGUGCACCCAUUCUUUGCAGCACCUUUCAGCGGUCUGCAAUAACACUUGUGGCCAAAAAAAUAUCUUUUAGAGCUGUACAUUAACGUGUGGGUGUUAAAAUGUCCAUUCGUGUUUUUAUAGAAGUUAUCCCCAGUGUUCCAUUGUGAUUUAUAAAUCCUUGCAAUAAUUACAUGCACUUCAAUAAUUAAUGUAUAAUUCACUUUCAAAGCCUUCAUCGGUGACAUAUUUGACGAUUGCGUGAACUUACACUUUCCGAGGCAACAUUCAUCAGCCUACACAAGUUAAUUUAACAUAAAAAAACGAAUCAUUUAAGUCUUCGAAUUAGUCACAGCUUGCUUAUAAUACUGCUCUCUCAUAGAUGCGACAUCUAUUCGAUUAGUUUCUGAAAAAGCGGAACACACAAACACACUGCACUGGGGAUUGUUUUGUAUUAGCGUAUUAUUAUCCAUAACUUAAUACAGCAUGAAUUUGAGCAAAAGUCUCCUUCGAGAAAACUCGUAAAACAGCUCAGCAGUAAUUACUUUCUCAACUCGUCCGAAGUGGAUUAUAUUCAAUCGAGCUGUGAGAGCGAGAUGAGUUUUGACGCCCUGCUCAGGGACGUCGGGGAGUUUGGACCCUAUCAGAAGCGCGUCUUCGUCAUGCUCUGCUUGCCCUGCACCGUCUUCUCAUUCCAGUACCUCGGCGUACUCUUCCUGGGGCAAGUGCCCCGCCACCGAUGCAAGGACCCGCCAGAGACGCGGCAAGCGGUCACCCCCCACUGCGGCGUCAGCCCGGCAGCCGCGCGUGGCAACUGGAGCGAGACGCGCACCGCCGCUGCCCAUGGGUUCGGAUGGGACCUCCGCUGCAAGCGGCUCAACCUGACAUCGUGGGUUGCAAUCUUGAAUUCCUCCUCUUCCUCUUCGUGCCAGCCGCCCGCGCUGGGGCUCAGAGCUGGGUGGCCACCCAACGCGUCCCUGUCCGACCACCUCGUGCCCUGUGACCUCGGCUGGGAAUUUAACCGUGAGGAGGCGGAGUCGACGAUCGUCACGGAGUUCGGGCUCGUUUGUGAGAAUGCUUGGCUUCUCGAUUUCGCCCAGGCCCUUCUAAACCUGGGCUUUUUGCUUGGAGCCAUCAUCAUGGGCUACAUCUCUGACAGGUUCGGACGUCGCUGGAGCUUCCUGAUCUCCAUCGUGCUGCAGACCGUGUCCGGGGUGCUGGUGUCCCUCGCGCCCAACUACGCCACGUUCGUCGCCCUGCGUACCCUACAGGGGAUAUUCAACAUGGGCAGCUGGACGACCGGCUUUGUGAUUGUGACCGAGUUUGUGGGCUCCAGCCAGCGCAAAGUGGUGCACAUGGUGCUGCAGAUGUUCUUCAGCUUCGGAGUCAUCAUAACGCCUGGCAUCGCUUACUACCUACGCACGUGGCGCUACCUGCAACUUGCGUUCACAUUACCUAACGCCAUCUUCAUUACCUACUACUGGUUGCUGCCUGAAUCUCCGCGCUGGCUGCUCUCGCGGAAUCGUAAGAAAGAAGUGGUGGCCGCUUUUGAGAAAAUUGCACGAGGCAACAGGCGAGUUCUGUCCAGCUCCUUCCAAAAGGGUUUUCAGGCGAUAACAGCAGCUGACAUGAAGUCCCCCAGCCCAUCUCUUAUGGACCUGCUGAGGUCCCCAAAGAUUCGCAAGUACACCCUGGUGCUCAUGUUCUACUGGUUCGUGGUAGCCGUGGUGUACCAGGGGCUGGCGCUGAGCACGGGGAACCUGGGAGGUAACCUGUACGUGGCGUUUCUGCUGGGUGGCGUGGCUGAGAUCCCCGGAGCCCUGUUGGCGAUUGCCCUCGUGGACCGCAUCGGACGGCUGCCCCUCAUGUCCGUGGGGCCCGUCCUCUCGGGCCUCUUCUGCCUCGCGUCCACUCUGGUGCCCGUCGAGAUGGAGUGGCUGUAUGUGGCACUGGUCAUGCUGGCCCGCCUCUGCAUGACGAUGGCCUACCAGAUGGUGUGUCUGCUCAGCAACGAGCUGUACCCCACGUUCCUCAGGAAUUUUGCCGUGUCUAUAUGCUCAUCACUGUCUGGCAUUGGUGGGAUAGCUGCGCCGUUUCUCCUCUACCGACUGUACAACAUCUGGAAGCAUCUUCCACUCAUUAUAUUUGGGAUUCUAGCGAUUGCUGAAGGAUUUUUAAUUCUGCUUCUGCCAGAAACAAAAGGCCUGCCUUUGCCUGAAACCAUUCAAGAUGCGGAGAACAUCGGAAAGAUUCAAAAGGCAAAGCUGGCAAGCAGGUCGAACCCGCACAGAGACGCGAUAUAUUCACUUGGGAAGGCAGCGAGCAACAACAUGGAACUCGAGUGUAUAUAAGCGUCGGGUGAAAGGACCCUGUGCGAAACACGCGAAGAUGAAUGUUAUCAUUAGUUUACACUGAUUUGUAUUUUUGUGAUUAUUUGAAUCAUUUCUGUUCCCAGUAGUUGAAGUUAAUGCAUAAACUGUGAAAAUCAAAUGCUGAACUGAUAACUUUGUAUUAAUUCGGUUACUCUGGUGUAACAGUCAACAUAGAGAGUUACUUACACAUUGAUAUCAUGUAAAUGAGAUUAAUAUACGGUGUGAAGUAUACACGGGAGUUUGAAUGAAUCUUUAACCCCUCCAUCUAUGUUAUAUGUGUGGGAGGCGGGAAUAAAAAAACCCAUUGCGUCA